AUGCUCAUCAUCGGGUCAUCGUUCGACAAUUUAAGGCAACAUGUUCAAGGAAUCAAGGCAACGGUGUUAGUUUCUGGGUCGUCGUUGGAGCUAUCAAGGCAACGUGCUGGGGGGGUGCGAUUCUUUCACGGGUCUAGGGGCUUGCCUUUUCGAUGCUCGCUGGUGGCUUCGGUCUCCAUGGAUCUCGUCGAGGAGUGGCUGGUCGCGACCUGGUUUCACCAAGCAAACGCAAAUCGCGACUUGGAUAUCACCGGUGAGCUUGGCCGAUGGCCUUGCCUUGGCUUUGCCCUUGGUCGUAACUGCCUCGACAUUGCUGGUCGCUCAUACACCGAAGUCCAUUCCUUGAUGGGCUUUUACCCAGUAGCCAGACGCCCAGGUCCUAAAGCCGUUUUCUUAGCCGACUUAUCAGAUCCUAUGACUUUAUGGGAUUAUUUUAUUCAUGGAUUCAUCGACACCAUCUAUCUAGAACGCACCAAUUUACACUGCAUCAGUGAGUUCCCUUCUACUGUGCAAACUAUCAUCAGAAAUUAUAAAAUACGAUUUGCAAAACAGGAAAGAGUAUUAUUCAUUAAAAUGCAUUCUAGCUAUCCAAUUUUUGAUGAAGACUCUCAACUAAUUGUCCCAAGUAUUACUUUCGCAAACAUGGGAAUAAGCAACGACUCAAAACCAACAAAAGAUGAUCUACCACGAGAAUCACCAACACAGGAUCAUCUAAUUUUUGCACUCGCCGGUGUCUAUUUAGCAUCAUCACGUAUAGGAAACGGUAAAGAUCAAAAGUCAAGAAUCAGAGUGAAUUACGCUAGUAAAACUUUCAUUAUCUAUUCGUUAACAGACAGUGAAAUCACUCCGGAAGCAAUGAAAGCAAUUGAAACCUUCGAACAACCUUUCGAAAAGUUUUCUCAUCAAUUAGCUGAAUUACCUGCUGAUAUCAAAAAACAACUUUGUAAACAUAUUAUGCAUGCACCAAGACACAAUUGCAGUCACUGUUGA